GGCAGCAAAGAUAUAAACCCAGGAGUUGAACUGCCAUCAUGGCUCGUCAGGUCUUCCGAGGACCCAAAAUUACUGGGUAAUAUCACCCCAUUUAUUGCUGAAAAUAUGAUUAAAUUUGCGUUUGCCGCAGCCUUGCUGUUAGGACAGCUGGUGAUGGGUCUGACCCCUGCUGAAUGGCGCAGUCAAUCAAUCUACUUUUUGCUCACCGAUCGGUUUGGACGUGAUGACAAUUCUACGACUGCCGCUUGCAACACCGGUGAUCGUAUCUAUUGCGGUGGCAGCUGGCAGGGCAUCAUCAAUCAUUUGGACUAUAUCCAAGGGAUGGGAUUUACUGCCAUUUGGAUCACUCCGGUAACAGAGCAGUUGUCUGGAAAUACCGGCGACGGCGAGGCUUUCCAUGGAUACUGGCAACAAGACAUAUAUAAUGUCAACUCCAACCAUGGCACUGCUGCUGACAUUAAAGCCCUUUCAAAAGCGUUACAUGCCCGAGGCAUGUACCUCAUGGUGGAUGUUGUGGCGAACCACAUGGGAUACGCUGGAAUCGGCAGUAGUGUGGAUUAUAGUGUCUUCAAGCCAUUCAGCUCAUCAUCGUACUUUCACUCGUACUGCCUGAUCAGCAACUAUGACAACCAGUCGAAUGUCGAGGAUUGCUGGCUUGGAGACACGACUGUGUCGCUGCCGGAUCUGGAUACAACGCAAACCUCAGUUCAGACUCUCUGGUAUGAUUGGAUCGCAGACCUGGUGUCGAAUUAUUCUAUCGAUGGGCUCCGUGUCGAUACCGUGAAGCAUGUACAAAAGUCAUUCUGGCCCGGUUACAACGACGCUGCAGGCGUUUACGCUGUCGGCGAGAUAUUUGAUGGUGAUCCAGCCUAUACUUGCGACUACCAAAAUUACAUCGAUGGCGUAUUGAAUUAUCCGAUUUACUAUCAACUUCUCUACGCAUUCGAGUCUUCCAGUGGAAGCAUCAGCGACCUCUAUAACAUGAUCAACACCGUUGCCUCUGACUGCGCUGACUCAACCCUCCUCGGAAAUUUUAUUGAAAACCACGACAACCCACGUUUCGCCAGUUACACGAGUGACUACUCGCAAGCGAAAAAUGUGAUUUCGUUUGUAUUCUUAUCCGACGGGAUUCCCAUUAUAUAUGCCGGUCAGGAACAACACUACAGUGGUGGCAAUGAUCCUGCCAACCGAGAGGCCACCUGGCUUUCAGGAUAUUCAACCACUGCGGAGCUUUACCAGUGGAUUGCCACCACGAACAAGAUUCGCAAGCUUGCAGUCUCAUCAGAUUCCAGUUACAUCACCACGAAGAAUUCCCCUUUCUAUCAAGACACCCAUACUCUAGCCAUGAAGAAGGGUUCUGUGAUAACAGUGCUAUCCAAUUAUGGGACUUCAGGGUCAUCAUACACAUUGUCAUUGACCGGCAGCGGGCUAUCAUCAGGCACCAAGUUGACAGAGCUAUACACCUGCACGUCUAUAACGGUUGAUUCGAGCGGAAACAUCCCCGUACCGAUGGCAUCCGGGCUUCCUCGCGCUCUGAUUCUGUCAGCAUCCGCCACUGGUCUCUGUGGCUCAGCGGUAUCAACGACCACCACCAAUGUAGCAACCACAACCUCAACCUCAACCACCACAGGAACCAGCUGCACGCAAGCGACCGCUUUGCCAGUCUUAUUCAAAGAGCUAGUAACGACCAAUUAUGGGCAGAAUGUUUAUAUCUCAGGGUCCAUCAGCCAACUCGGUAGCUGGGACACCAGUAGUGCGGUUGCAUUAUCUGCCAGCAGCUACACCUCAUCCAAUCCUCUGUGGCAAGUGACAAUCACGCUCCCUGUUGGAACUACAUUCCAAUAUAAAUUUGUGGAGAAAACGAGUGGGUCUACAUCUGUCACUUGGGAAAGUGAUCCUAAUCGCUCGUACACGGUUCCAACUGGGUGCACUGGAGCCACUGCUACUGUGAGUGCCACAUGGAGAUAG